AUGAUAGAUACAAACCGCCGCGCCGACAACAACAAACACACACCUCGCCCCUGCCGGUUUGUUUGGGACCUUGAUCUACAAUAUAUCUACAGCACCGUCGAAGUGAUAGCGGUCUCGCUGCGAGGAGGAGAGCAGUCGGCGGAAUCGAAGAAGAGCGAUGCGGUUGCUGAGAUGGCGCUGCGCUCUUUUGAUCGCGACGCUGGCCGCCAGCAAUCUCGUCAGCCCAGCAAAUAGUCAAGACUCAUCUCCCACUUCGGCUGGCGACGACGUCGAGGACACCGGCAGCAGCCUGGACCCAGCCCCGGAGCCAACGCCUGCCGUUGCAGAGAUAGACGCUUCCGAUGACCCCCCUUCAGAUACUCCAAGCCCUGUAGAGGAGGAGGAAGAGGAAGAGGACGAGCCUACCCCGAGUCCGGUCGAGGAGGAGCAAGAUACCCUGGCUCCUGUGGAAAAUGAGUCUGUCGACACACCCGCACCUUCGGCAGCGGAGGAGGACGCACCCGAGACUCCAGCCCCGGUGGAGGAGGAGGAGGAGGAGGAGGAGACGCCAUCCCCCGUAGAGGACAUCGAAGAGACACCGCAGCCGACUCCGGCGGAGGAAGAGGCGGAGGAAACCCCUACGCCGGUAGAGGAAACACCGCCCCCGGUAGAGGAAGUCGAGGAAACGCCCGCGCCGGUGGAAGAAGUUGAAGAGACGCCGCGGCCGACUCCAGAUGAGGGGGAGGAGGAAACGCCUGCGCCGGCAGGGGAAACGCCGUCCCCGGUGGAAGAAGUCGAGGAGACACCGCAGCCGACUCCGGCGGAGGAAGAGGCGGAGGAAACGCCUGCGCCGGUAGAGGAAACACCAUCCCUGGUAGAGGAAGUCGAGGAAACGCCCGCGCCGGUGGAAGAAGUCGAGGAAACGCCGCAGCCGACUCCAGAGGAGGAGAAGGAAACGCCAUCCCCAGUGGAGGACACAGAGGAGGAAGAGGCGGAGACCAUAGCGCCCGAGGCUGCUACCCUGGAGCCCGCGGAAGCGGCGACGCCUGCGCCAACCCAGGCGGAAACCCCGGAAUCUACGGAGCCGGCCACGCCGGAGCCCACGGUGCGAUGGACAUACGCCCCCGCGGACCCUUGGACCGAGUCGCCAGGUGCCACCCCCGCUCCCCAACGCGAGUGGACCGCUUCCCCAGGUGCCACCCCCGCUCCCCAACGCGAGUGGACCGCUUCCCCAGGUGCCACCCCCGCUCCCCAACGCGAGUGGACCGCUUCCCCAGGUGCCACCCCCGCUCCCCAACGCGAGUGGACCGCUUCCCCAGGUGCCACCCCCGCUCCCCAACGCGAGUGGACCGCUUCCCCAGGUGCCACCCCCGCUCCCCAACGCGAGUGGACCGCUUCCCCAGGUGCCACCCCCGCUCCCCAACGCGAGUGGACCGCUUCCCCAGGUGCCACCCCCGCUCCCCAACGCGAGUGGACCGCUUCCCCAGGUGCCACCCCCGCUCCCCAACGCGAGUGGACCGCUUCCCCAGGUGCCACCCCCGCUCCCCAACGCGAGUGGACCGCUUCCCCAGGUGCCACCCCCGCUCCCCAACGCGAGUGGACCGCUUCCCCAGGUGCCACCCCCGCUCCCCAACGCGAGUGGACCGCUUCCCCAGGUGCCACCCCCGCUCCCCAACGCGAGUGGACCGCUUCCCCAGGUGCCACCCCCGCUCCCCAACGCGAGUGGACCGCUUCCCCAGGUGCCACCCCCGCUCCCCAACGCGAGUGGACCGCUUCCCCAGGUGCCACCCCCGCUCCCCAACGCGAGUGGACCGCUUCCCCAGGUGCCACCCCUGCACCACAGCGCGAAUGGACAGCCCCCCCGGGGGCCACGUUUGCCCCCGUCGCUCCUUGGACCGCUUCCCCUGGUGAGUUGGAGUUCUCUGGUGGCCGGCAGUAG